AUGAUGCUGAUAUUGACAACAUUGUCAAUUCCCAGGCCAGCAGCUGAUUGUUCUGUACUUCCUGGUCAGGCUGAGCCGCCGUACGGGAGCAGCGUGUCCCGUUACUCGGCAACAGGAGUUUGUGCAGCACCAAAGCCCGGAGCCGAACCGGCCGAGCCUCUCUGUUGCCGCCGGCCCCGGGAAACCCCGACUGCAGGAAUGGACACGACCAUCGCGCACCUCCUGGCAGAAGCGGCGGUCUGCGGCAGCGAUUUCAGCACUUUGAAAAACGCUUAUGGUUUAAUAAAAGUAGCCACUGAAGAGAGACCAACGCUGGCUGGAGUACAAACUGUUAGCCCGGAUUUGUAUGUGCUUUGUGCAGAACUUGCACUACAGUUUGAGCAACGCGACAUUAGCCAGGAUUGCUUGGAUAUGUAUUUCAAGGGAACACUUCCUCACAAUCAGUUUUUGGGUAGAGCAUAUCUUUGCCAAGCUGAACUGUAUGCUCCAAAAUCUUCUGCGCAUGUUUCUGAGUUAAACAAGGCUAUACGGUGCAUCCUCACAACUGUAUCAUUUGCAAAAGAAGAAGCAAGAUACCACUUUUUGGUUUAUAAUGCAUCAGUUCUAUACUGGAGGAUAGUAAGGCCCUUUAUAAAACCUGGCUACCGUGGCCACGUGGUUGUAAGCCUCCUUGAAGUAAUAAAGGGAUUGCAAGCUAUUGAUGAUAUGGAUUAUGAAUGGAUGGCUGAAUUAAGGAUUGCUCUCGUUGAAUGUUAUUUGGAUGCUGAAAAAAUCAAGGAUGCAACAAUGUUUGCCUACAGUACAGCGGAAUUCAUUCAAACUCAUGUUCCACACAUGUAUAAGAAGAUAUUUUCCAUACUGGUGUAUCAUAAGCUUGUGGAUCUUCUGAAAGUGGCUAAAGAGGUCAGAGGCUCCACUAAAUUGACGGCCAUUUACAGAAUUCAGAGAUUGAAAUCUCAAUUGGAAGCGAAAGAAACUCUGAAGGAUGUCUCAGUUCGAUUAAGUCUUAUCUAUCAGGUUUUAGCAUCGAGUAAAACAACAAGUACAUCAGCAAGUUCAAAUCAGGCAACUGGACAGCUGACUGAGAGUGAAAGACUUUCUUUGCUAUUGGAUUUAACCCAUCUCGCCUUAGAGAUAAAGGAUAUUGAAAUGGCAUCAAAGUGUGUUAGUGAUCUCCUAAAGGCAGAGCGAAUAGAUAAAGCGACAGCAAUGGAAGUUGAAUGCGUGGAAUCAGAACUCUCAGUACUGAAACUUGGCGCUAAGUCAGAGAAAUGCACCAAAGGCUUUGUAAAACAUUGCUUGACAGUAAUCCAACGAAUAGAUGAAGUUCUACAGAAUGCCAUACGUGCGAAGAACUGGAAUCUAGUCCAGAUUGUGUGUAUAACACAGUGGAAACUUUGUCUACCUUUGUUUCAACCCAAUUUGCGAAAGAAUAUUUCUAAACAACUGACCAAUGUGGCUUCAAUUCUCAGUGAUCUUGACAGUUCUUUGUCCCAGCUCCGCUGUCAAGUUCAUAUAGAAAUUGCUCAGAUUGAAGAAGAUGAGGAACGGAUUGAGGUUGCCAUCGAGCAACUUAAAAAGGCUUAUUCUGUCUGUAACAAAGGACCAUAUGAAAAAUACAUUACUGAAGAACUGCACCGUUUGCAAGUAUAUUCAGGAGUUUAUGACUCUCCCAGAGAGUUAGAGGAUCAAGCAAUCAAGAUGAUUGAACAGGUCAGAAGAAAUAGCAACUUGCAACACAGUCGAUCAUUACUGAUCAAGGCUGGACUGGCUCUGGCUUCUGAUGUUUUCCAACUGGUGCUAGAUGGUGAAAAUGAAGCUAAAGUAUUUGUGGCCCAGGGUAACAUAGGCUUUAUUGGCCUGCUUGCUGCCAAAGCUCAAAAUCAUUUAAAGUCUGCACAACAAACACAUGGAUAUUUGGAAAGACUUGGAAAUGUAGACGAUAAAUUGAGGGUGAGAAUUUGGGCUGAUCUAGCUAAAGUUGCACGGAAGCAAGAAGUUUGGGAUGUCUGUCGUACAGCUUGCCACUUUUGCCUACUGUAUGAUGAUAGACGAUGGAAAAUAGAAAAUAUGCCUGCUGAAGAAACUAUAAAACUAAAUGCAAGCAUCUCAGAAGGAAGUAUGACCAGAUCAGUGGGAAAUUUUACCAGAUCAGAUGGAAGUAUUAUUGCAGAUUCAUCUUUAUCAAUAAAAUCCCCACACAAAGUCUGCCAUUCUUUCGCUGCUUUAAUCAGAAUCCUUGCUGAAGUAUGCUUCAUUAAUGCAGAGGCAACCAUUCAGUUGUUAAAAUCACAAGGUGUUCAGUAUAACAACCAUGCAGUUUUCCCAGAAGAAAAACAGAAGGAACUUCAGGAAUUUGGAGCCAAAACUCCGGAGAGUGUUCCACAAUGGAUAUCGUACAGUAAUUGGAUAGAUUCUCUGUCGUCUUGUGCAACCAAGAAUUUCCUGCGGGGUGCAGAACUGGGUAUGGAAAUAGAUGAUGCAUCCAUUGUGUGCAAUGCAGCUAUCUACAUAUGGAACCAUAACAACCACCUGCUAGUUGCUGGGAGAUAUAAAGAGCUUGUUGAAACAUUUAGAACACUACUUGAUGCAUUAAAACAGACAGGACAUUGUGGGGAAACCAUCUUUUUGGUCACGCUGUGUAACAGCUUAUGUCAGGGCUUGAUUCAGCCUUGGAUAUCCAGCCCUGCACCAAACGAAAAGAAAGAAGUUAGAAGGAGUUCCCUUAGUGCUAACAUUAAAAAGGCACCGCCAAAGAAAACUGAAAAACCGAAUAUUCCACAGACAGUAGUUGUUGAUCCUGAAGGUAUUCCUGAAAUAACUGAGGCACUCCAGAUCUGUGAAUAUAUACUGAAUGUUACAAAUGGAAAUGAACCCUCUGGUGUUGUUCCCAUUUCUGUGAGACGUCAGAUCGUUGUUACAUGGGUCAAAGUAAAACAGCUUCUUCAGCAACAAAUAGGACCAAAUCUUGGAAUGGAUGAUGAGCAGAGUAAAGAUAGCCAGGCUCCAAUGAUCCAGGCUCUUGUUGCUCUGGAGAUGUAUUCUUGUAACAACAGCAACUUGAUGAAAUUUACUGUUCCCAGUCUUCAUGAGUUGGAGAAACAAAUAUUAGACUGUACCUGGUCCGAUCAACUGCUGCAGCUAGAAGUAUGGAUACGUUUGAUGCAACUUGCUAAUCAGAAUAACGAUGAUUCAUUACUAAUGCGAUGUGCCCAGAAAGCAUUUGAAUUGAAUAUAAGUACUGCUUCAAGCACUGAUUCCAAAAUGUAUGAAAAGCAUAAUUACAAGGUUCAACAAGAAUUGCUGAGUGUUGCUGCUAGUAUUAAAGGGCAGAGCAUGAUGAAAAAUGCAGCUGGAGACAGCGAAAUGCGCAUCUCUGCUAUCAGAACAUUUGAAUUGAGUGCAAGUUUUGGAGAAAAAGCAGGAAAUUUGAAGCUGGUAAUGAGUUCAGCGAAACACUUUUGGAAUUGCUGCUUGUGUUUGAUACCAUCUCCUCUUGAAAGAGCUGUACUUGAAGAGCCCGUUAAGUAUUUACUAAAGGCAAUUCAAAAUACAUAUACCAAGAACAAAAAGCAGGAAGAAGAAAAGGAAGAAAUAAUUACGAAUUCAAAAGUUAAACAACAACAACUUCUCUUUGCUCAAGGAGCAUUAUCAGCAUCUGUUGAUGAUCCUGAAGAUGAUCAGAAACUAGUGGCAGCACUGUAUGGCCUUUUAUUCCACAUUUACGUGAAUAAAGGAGAUUGGAAAGCUGGGCUGAAAGUGUUAGAUGAUGCCAUUAGGGAUAUGCCCAGGUGUAAACAGAGGCUGCUUCUCUUCAAGCAUAGAAUUAUGGUGAAUACAAGACUUGGUCAUGGUAUCAGCAUGGACAUGCAGAAAUUGAAGGAUGACAGCGAAGAAUAUGUAUCUUACAUGUGGCACCGUGUAGCAGUUUUCUCAAAAGAAAUUACAGAUCAAUUAACUUGUUACCAAAAUUCGAUAGAUGUUUUGAAGAAUCCAGAAAGUAACUGGCAGAAAAUCAACCAACUGAUUGCAUUUGGUGAAUGGCUAUAUUGCAAUGGAUUUCCUCAAAGUGAUGCUUACUGCCCCUUGGACUGGGCUGUGGAUUUACUUCUAAGCAUGAAACCAAGUUUAGAGAUUAAGGAGGAAGCAGAAGACCACUUUGCAAAGGAGAAUCAAUCAAAAAUUGACAACUUGGUUCCGACAAAACGUCAACAGUUGAUUGGAGUACAAUCUAUUAACACUAACCAAUCCUUAGAAAACUUACAAGAUGUGAGACAACUGGAAACAUUAGUGAUUGCACAAACUAUAAUGGCGAUAGUAGCAGGUCGUGAAUCAUGCAAGCAGCAUUGCUUAAUGGCAUAUGGUUAUGUUAUGUGCAUAUGGCAGGUAUCAUUGACAGCAGCAGAGACAGUUAUGAAACAGUUAUCUAUAGCUAUUUCAACGAACCGUACUGACACAGGAACAAAGUCAAAUAAAUCAAAGGGCAAGAGAGAGUCAGCAGUGGAGGCUCAAGAUAAGGGCAAAUUAAAAAUGUUGCCUGCAGUGAUGCCCACUAAUCCAGAGGAGUGGGCAAAUUUUGUAUGCCCCAGUGAAGUUCGAGAUGCAUUUAAGAGGGGCUCAAGCUGCAGCUUGAUCAACAAGAAAAGUUUCCUGAGACCUACCUACAGUUUAUUCUACCUGGAUUUAUUGGUGAAGGAGUUGCAAGCCAUUUCGUACACACACCUGACGUUGCCGAUUCUUCAGCUGGCAGACUUCAUAGCCAGCGAGGUGUUGGAUAGCAAGAGCCUCUCUGAUUUUUACCAUCUCAGGCUUGCCCAGAUAUGUUUGGAACUGAAUCUAAGGCAGGCUGCACAGUACCAUGAAAAAAUACCUGGAUCAGUAUUUAUUCAUGAGGCAGAACGAGCUAAAUGUCGGCAAGAAGUUGCUCAUCUGAAAGGUCAGCGAUUGCACGCUGCAAAGGAAAACCAGUUAACUGAAAAUGAUAACCUAGCUGAAACACUAAAAGAUUCAAACAAGGAAAUGAAGAUGCCUACUACAGCACCUGUGAUGAAUCGCCAGAAGUUGAGUGGAGUUUCUGUGAUGGAUGUUUGGAUUAAUAAAGCAGACGUCUUGCUGCAGCUUGCAUUUUAUCAGCCUGCCAGAACUCUACUAGCAGAGGCUCACAUGGUUGCAAAGGAGUUUCAAGACAAAGCCAAUUUGGCAAAGGUCCUAUACCUUCUGGCUGUUCUAGCCAAUUGUGAAAAAAACCACGGCCAGGCUAAAUUGCUGUUGAAAGAAGCUCAGAGUAUUGGAGGAAAUGAAUAUUUCUGGUAUGACACAAUUACUUGUCUGAUAUGUGCAAUUCAGGGAGAAAAUCUUGAGAAUUCAAAGGAACAGGCUUGCAACAUCUUAAAACAAGGCAUUGCAAAAUAUCAGACUGUUUUAGAGGAAAGACCUCAUCGACAUUCAGUUCUUAAAUUUAUGAUUACUUCAAUGGAAGCCAAAUUGGAAUCAAUUGAAAUAGAAUUCAUGAAAACAUUAGGCUAUUCUUAUUUAAGAAAACCAGAAAACAUGCAAAAGUUGUCAUCAGCUUGUGCUAAAAUGGAGCAGUUUGCAAAUAUUAUGCUGCACUAUGGAUACAGAGAAGAAUCAGUGGAUGUAAUGAGAGAACAUGCUGAUAUACUAAUCAUGCUCGCUAAACACAGUGAAGAGGAGGAAACGAAGCAUCGUCAUCUAUUAAAUGCGUACUCACUGAUAACGAAGGCCAUCUUGAUUGAAGAAGAAGCCUUCAGUGACCUGAUGAGCUUGAUGCCACUUAAAGCGUUGACAAAUUUAAGUUUGCCUCUGAUGAGGAAGCUGGCCUCUCUCAAGUUAAUUUUUGUGCAGUUGUCUUUGAACAUUCUGAAUUUGGUUAUCAUGAAAGAUAAAAGGGAAGCUGAAGCAGCAAGACGGAAAGGAUUGCUACAGCUCAUUGUUGAGGAAUUCAUUAGUUCCACACCUGAUUACACACCGGUUGAAAAGGAAUGGGUGACUGUGGCCAGGUCACUGGGACAAAAAGCUCUGGCUCAGCUCGCAAGUGCACAUAACCUGAGCAAUGGCUCUGAAGAAAUUAGAUCCAAAUGUCUCUAUCUAACUGGCAAGUGCCUGCGGUUGUUAGCUGUAAAAGUUGAUCCAAUUAACCCAGGCUUCGAUUGGGUUCAACAAAUGCUGCAUGAUUUGGAGGAAAAUAAUGAUGAUCUGCCAAAACAGGCCAAAUUUACAAAAGAUGAUGAACAAAUUGAAUCAAAGCCUAUAGAUUUUCAGCUCUCUGCUGAGGAAGAAAGUGAACAAGUGGAAUCAAAAUCUGAAAGUCCAGCAUUCCAACUUUCUACCUAUCAAAUAGGAAAAUGUGCUGCAAAGGCUGUACACCUGAAGAAGGAACGAGCAAUAGCACGGGUAUAUUUUGCUCAUGCCAGUGAAGUUUUGAUCCAGUCCAUGAACCUGGCAUUAAACAACCAGCUUACUGAUAUUUUAGCAGCUGCGAGUCUUGACAUGGUUGAAUGUUUUGGCCAAUUUGAUCCAGUUUCAGCAAGUCAGUACUUAGCACUCCAUCAGAGCUGCACAGCUUCAGUAAUGAUGAAAGAUGUCUUGAUGAAAGCAGGAUUUGACACUAGCAGUUCCCAGCUUGCAGCCCUCGCACAUCUUCAACAAAGACUGCAAGAGGAUGGAACCAUGAAAAAUAUGCUCAAGACAGUCAAUGAAAGGCUUAGUACAAAAUUUAAGGCAUGGAAGAAUGUCACCAUUCAGCUACAGCACCUUAAUUUCAUGAGCGAAUUUCCUUCUAACUUUAAUAUAUUUGUUCUUCAGCAUUCUGAAGACAGAUCCAUGCUGUAUGGAGCACUUCUUGAGAAACCAAAAUCAAAAAGCAUGGACAAAAAGGGCAAAGGCAAUCAAAAUCCAAGUCCAACACAAGCUAGAAUUGUUCGUACUUCUGUAUGUCCUGAAUUAUUUUCAAAUAUAUUGACCAGAGUCUCCAGAUAUAAGCAGAAGCUUGCACAGUACCUUGUCAAACUUGAAUACCAGCGUAAUUACAAGAUGCAAAGGCAGGAUGAGUUUCAACAUUUACAAAAAGACUCAAAUCUAGAUGUUGUAGUCAAAAAUACUGUAGGACUUGAACUCAGCCUCGAUGCAGAUUUCUCCAGUAUUAUUGCAUCCAUGGAAGAUUACCUGAAUCCUGUUCUGUCACAGUUUGACUUUACGUUUUCUCCUCAACAGUCUUCCCCAGUAGCUGGUGCGGAUUCAGCAAAAUCAAAACCCAAAAGGAAAGAGGAAAAAUCAGUGGGUGAAAAGUCAACUCCAGGCCAUUCUCAAGAUUUAGGAGAAUUUGUAAUUCUCUUGGCUGACAAAUUAUUGUUGGAACUGCCUUUGGAAGUUUUGAGUGUUUUGCAGGAGGAUGCAAUCACCUCAGUGUCCAGAGAUUUUUCAUUGCAGUUGCUUUACAAUCGCCAACACAGAGAUGCAUUGGACACUGUAUACAAGGAGACGAAGAGUCCAAAAGCAAAAGGAGACCACAAGAAAGCUAUUAAAAUGGUACCAGUUAACCGUGUUGUACCAUCAAGCUGUUUUCCAGUGAAUACUCACAAUUUCAGAUAUAUUGUAGAUCCUUAUGAUGAAACUAGUGACUCAGGAGCAUUCAGUCCUGUGAAAGUAAUGACAGACAUUAUAGAAAAAUAUUCUUCAAAGUUCACAGCACGCUGGGAUGGAAUCAUGGGUAUUGAAUACGUCCCAAGUCAUGCAGAUUGGGAAGAAAUGCUAAGAAGUUGCAAUGCAUUUGUCUUUUAUGGAACAGAGCGUUUUCUUGCAAAUGUAUUACCUUCAAAAAUCAUUACCAUGAAUCUUCCAGAAUGCCAGUUAAUGAUUAUUCUGGAUCUGGCUCAAACAUGUCAAAGUUUUCGUCAUCAGUCCGUUCUGGACAGACCAAAGAGUGCAAUGCAGUUGUCAAUGGAGAAACAAAUGGAUGCAGCAAUACUCCUAAGCCUGACUGGAGUACGCUCCAUAAUGAUGAAUCAAUGGCAUAGUACACUUCGCGACAAUGCCAAAACAUUUAAUAAACUUGCGAAAAAUUUGUUGGAAGUUGGCAAGACAACUGGCCAGACAAUUCUUGAAAUAAUCAAAUCUGGAGCAGAAAAUGAGCGUACAAAUGAUAAUCAAUUGCCUCCUAAGAAUUCAGAUGCUUUAGUGGAAGAUGACUCCUUAUCUGGACACCCUACUUCACUGGCACGCGAUCAUUCAGAAGAAUUACACAGUUUGCAAACUGCUUUUAAUUUCAUCCUUUAUGGACUACCAAAUCUAAUUGUCACUUAGUCUAUUGAAAGGCAAAGUAUUAAAUCUUCUGCUACAAAAAAUGUUUAUCCUCUUACACUGUAAGCUGCUAGAAAUCAGUACACAGUUGAUCCAUAAAGUAUGUUCUAGUUCAACCUCACCAGUCCAAAAUACUUUGGACCAAUAAUUUUUCAAUCUGAGUAUAGAAUGACAUUAGAAUGUCAUAAAUGUGGAUCAGAAAAUGCAGUAGGUAGAAGUAUUUACCUGAUGUAUAAAGCAAUGAUAAAAUAUUUCAAAACUGUAAUAAAAAUGUUUACUUAUCCAAAUAUUGUAUCUUCUGUGUUUUCACUACCAAGUACUGUAUUAAAAUUAUUCCAAUGAUAUGGAGGAAACAAA